AUGGCGGCGGCGGCGGCGGCUUCGCUUCGCGGGGCGGUGCUGGGCCCGCGCGGCGCGGGGAUGCCGGGCGCGCGCGCGCGGGGCCUGCUGUGCGGCGCGCGGCCCGGGCAGCUCCCGCUGCGGGCGCCCCAGGCGGCGUCCCUGUCGUCGAGGCCCGGCCUGCCCCGGGGCCGCAAGGUGCUGCUGUCGGCGCUGGGCGUGCUGGCGGCGGGCGGCGCGGGGCUGGCGGCGGCGCUGCACUCGGCCGUGAGCGCCAGCGACCUGGAGCUGCACCCCCGCUUCCCCUGGUCCCACCGCGGCCCCCUGUCGUCGCUGGACCACACCAGCAUCCGGAGGGGCUUCCAGGUGUACAAGCAGGUGUGCUCCUCCUGCCACAGCAUGGACUACGUGGCCUACCGCCACCUGGUGGGCGUGUGCUACACGGAGGAAGAAGCCAAGGCGCUGGCCGAGGAGGUGGAGGUACAGGACGGCCCCAAUGAGGAUGGGGAGAUGUUCAUGCGGCCAGGGAAGCUGUCUGACUACUUCCCCAAGCCAUACCCCAACCCCGAGGCCGCUAGAGCAGCUAACAAUGGGGCGCUGCCCCCCGACCUCAGCUACAUCGUGCGAGCUAGGCACGGCGGCGAGGACUACGUCUUCUCCCUGCUCACGGGCUACUGCGAGCCGCCCACUGGGGUGUCGCUGCGGGAAGGCCUCUACUUCAACCCGUACUUUCCCGGCCAGGCCAUUGGUAUGGCUCCUCCCAUCUACAACGAGGUCCUGGAGUUUGACGAUGGCACCCCAGCAACCAUGUCCCAGGUAGCCAAAGAUGUGUGCACUUUCCUGCGCUGGGCGUCUGAGCCAGAGCACGACCAUCGCAAACGCAUGGGGCUCAAGAUGCUGAUGAUGAUGGGCUUGCUGCUGCCGCUGAUCUACGCCAUGAAGAGGCACAAGUGGUCUGUUCUCAAGAGCCGGAAGCUGGCCUAUCGGCCACCCAAGUGACCUCGCCCGAUGCUUGUCUGCUGUCCUGCCUAAGUGGGCCCUUAGCCAAGGAGCCACCCUGGGCCUCUGAGGCCUCAGCGGGCCCUCUCCACUGAGCCCCUCUUUCUCUGGGACAUGAGGGGAGGGGCGGGAGAUCAGGCUCUAACUCCAGAUUCUUCAGCCCCCACCAUGGGAAUAAAUUAAGUUUCUCAAAAUACACUCUUUAGCCAUGGCUUCGGGGAGUGUGGGUGCGCAGGGGAUUCUGGGACUGUGACUCGACUUCAAAACUCUGGGAGGCGGUGGCCGGCUACCCCCGGCGUGGGACCACCUGGUUAGAGGGGAGAGGGCCUGGUCCUGCCUGGGAACCUGCUGAUAUGGUCAGCCAAAUAUCCACCCGAGGGCAAAGAGAACCCGAGGCAGCAUCUCUACAGGGGCAGAGCCUGGCCUCGAGUGGUUGCAAAAGCUGUUCUGGUGUUUGGGGCCAGGUAGUGGCUGGAGAGGAGGGAGACCAUGGACGGCCUGCACCUGCCAUGCCUCCCAGCUGGACAGCUAGAGGUGCUGUCCACCGACCAGGGACACAAGGUGUGUGGGGGGGUCCCCAGAUACGACCUGUUUCUAGCAACCCGCAGCACAGCCAGGGU